CGCCGCCAGCAGCCGCAGUAGCGGAGGCAGCGGCGCGCCCCGCCACCAUGAAGGUGACCGUGGACUUCGAGGAGUGCCUGAAGGACUCGCCGCGUUUCAGGGCAACCUUAGAAGAGGUAGAAGGAGAUGUGACAGAGCUGGAACUGAAACUUGACAAGCUGGUAAAGCUUUGUAUUGCAAUGAUUGAUACUGGGAAAGCAUUUUGUACAGCCAACAAGCAGUUCAUGAAUGGAAUUCGAGACCUUGCACAAUAUUCCUGUAAAGAUACAUUGGUUGAGACCAAUUUGACAAAGUUCUCUGACACCUUACAGGAAAUGAUCAAUUAUCAUAAUAUUCUGUUUGACCAAAUCCAAAGAUCAAUUAAAACACAGCUUCAGACUUUCGUUAAAGAAGAUAUUAGGAAAUUUAAAGAUGCAAAGAAACAGUUUGAAAAAGUGAGUGAAGAAAAGGAGAAUGCUCUGGUGAAAAAUGCCCAAGUUCAAAGAAAUAAACAACAUGAGGUAGAGGAAGCAACCAAUAUAUUGACUGCAACACGGAAGUGUUUUCGACACAUAGCUCUGGAUUAUGUUCUUCAGAUCAAUGUUCUUCAAUCUAAAAGGAGAGCAGAAAUCUUAAAAUCGAUGCUAUCGUUUAUGUAUGCACAUCUGGCUUUUUUCCACCAAGGCUAUGAUCUGUUUAGUGAACUUGAGCCCUACAUGAAAGAUCUUGGUGCACAGCUGGACCAGCUGGCUGUAGAUGCUGCGAAGGAGAAGAGAGAUAUGGAACAAAAGCACUCCACUAUUCAACAAAAGGAUUAUUCCAGUGAUGAUACUAAACUAGAAUACAAUGUAGAUGCUGCCAAUGGCAUCGUAAUGGAAGGAUAUUUAUUUAAACGAGCCAGCAAUGCCUUCAAGACUUGGAACAGGAAAAAGCCAGAUCACAUCAGGCGCUGGUUCUCAAUACAAAAUAACCAACUUGUGUACCAGAAGAAAUUUAAGGAUAAUCCCACAGUAGUUGUUGAAGACUUGCGGCUCUGCACAGUUAAGCACUGUGAAGACAUAGAAAGACGUUUCUGUUUUGAGGUGGUUUCUCCAACAAAGAGCUGCAUGCUUCAGGCUGACUCAGAAAAGCUGCGCCAGGCGUGGAUUAAGGCUGUUCAGACCAGUAUUGCCACAGCAUACAGAGAGAAAGGGGAUGAAUCUGAGAAACAGGAAAAGAAAUCAUCCCCUUCUACUGGGAGCCUAGAAUCUGGGAGUGAGACAAAAGAGAAGUUGUUGAAAGGAGAGAGUGCCCUGCAGCGAGUGCAGUGUAUUCCUGGUAAUGCUGCCUGCUGUGACUGUGGUUUGGCAGAUCCUCGCUGGGCCAGUAUCAACCUGGGAAUCACACUGUGCAUCGAGUGCUCUGGGAUACACAGGAGCUUGGGAGUCCACUUCUCAAAAGUAAGGUCUUUAACGUUGGAUUCAUGGGAACCUGAACUCCUAAAGCUUAUGUGUGAAUUGGGAAAUGAUGUUAUAAAUAGAAUAUAUGAAGCGAAGUUGGAAAAAGUGGGAGUAAAGAAGCCACAAUCUGGAAGUCAAAGGCAGGAGAAGGAGGCAUACAUCAGAGCAAAAUAUGUGGAAAGAAAGUUUGUAGAGAAGCAAGCUGCAUCAGUACCUCUGCUUGAGCCUGGAACAAAAGUUUUGCUUCCAAGUCAGGAAGAGAAAAGGCACAGUGGCCCUGAAAAAUCUCUUUUGGCAGGGGAGCAAGGUGCAGCAUCCCCAAAAGUCCGCAGCAGUGACAGUGGGAUCCAGCCAAGUGCUGAUGACAGCAGAGAACACCUUGCCUCUACUAUAUCAGCCAACAGUUUGUAUGAACCAGAAGGAGACAAGCAAGAGUCUCCGGUGUUCUGUGACUCCAAGCAGCCUAGUCCAGGAUUGCAGUUGUAUCGAGCUGCCUUUGAGAAAAAUCUUCCCCACAUGGCAGAAGCAUUGGCUCACGGAGCUGAAGUAAACUGGGUCAAUGUGGAAGAAAACAAAGCAACACCACUCAUUCAGGCAGUGCGAGGGGGUUCGUUGGUUACUUGUGAAUUUUUGCUGCAGAAUGGAGCCAACGUGAACAUCCGAGACAUGAAAGGAAGGGGGCCCCUGCACCAUGCCACAGUUCUAGGACACACUGGGCAAGUGUGCUUAUUCCUAAAACGUGGAGCAAACCAGCAUGCCACUGAUGAAGAUGGAAAAGAUCCAUUGAGUAUAGCAGUGGAAGCUGCAAAUGCAGAUAUUGUAACACUGUUGCGUUUGGCAAGGAUGAAUGAAGAAAUGCGUGAAUCAGAAGGACUCUAUGGGCAGCCAGGAGAUGAAAUUUACCAGGACAUUUUUCGUGACUUUUCUCAAAUGGCAUCAAAUAAUCCAGAGAAGUUAAACCGCUUCCAGCACUCAGAUUCCCAGAAGUCUUAAGUAUCAAGAAGGAAAAGAACCUGAAACUUAUAGUGCAAGUCUUUUUUUACUUUAACAGAAUGAAUUGUAUACAUUGUUAGAUAGUUUGGAUAAAAUUACCACUCCAAUGUAGCUUUAGAUUAUGGUAGCUGGGGAAAUGUAUGAGUUGGUUUAUGUUCUACAGUGCAUAUACCUCAGCAGCUGAAGAUGUUUCAAAGCCCUGAGUACCUGCUAGCUCAGUGUACACCAGCCUCAGUUACACUGCCAGUGUUUGCAGCUUUCCCUCGGGGGUGGCAGAGCAUGGCUGGAGCACUGCAGGCUCUGACUGCAGGAUGGGCACAGCAGCCUUGCUACCCAGUGUCAUCCACUGUCAUCUGUCCCCCUGUUGCCAUAAAGAAUGUGCCUCUGACAAGAAGGUCUGGGUUGCAUUUUCUGGGACUGUUGGGAAGGGAAAUUGGGUAGUGACUUACUUAGUUGUCCUUCUAUUUGUGGGACUGCAAAUCAACAGAUUCUCUUGUUCCUACACUAACUCUGGUUAGAGGUAGGCUGUUCAUAACAGAUGUGGUAACUCCUGCUCUUUUGCAAGCUUUCACAGUGGAAGCUCUAGCACCAGGCUGGCCUUUGUGCAGGUGACUGCAGGUCAGUCACAAAGGGAUAUAUCCUGGGGACCAAAUUCCUAAGAGCAGUCCAUUAUCCUUUUUCUUUUUUUUUUUCCUUUUCUUUCCUCCUAAAUUAAAUUUUCAGUGCAGCAAGUAUCCUUCUAAAUGAGCAUGUGGAACCUUUCGUAAAAAAUAAACUUAAUCCUUUUGGACAUGAUGUGGGGUUUGUUUGUAGUAUUUUGAUAUAAAAACUUGAAAUUUGAGACAUAAAAGUAAAUACUGAGCCAAUGAAUUUUGUGUAGAAUAGUUGUACAAAGGUUAUUUCUACUUUUUGCUGUUCUCAUUACUAGCCCUAAGCUCAGUAUAAAAGUCUCAGGUCUUGCAGCCACUCUAAAUUUAGGGCAAUCAAUCCUUUCUAUGGGGAAGUAAUUUACAAUGAUGUGUAUUUUUGUGUUGUCUAACCUAAGGUGAGUGAAAGAAAAACUAGAAUUUCAGUGCACAUUUUUGUAAAGUAAUGAAUGAGCACAGUCUCCAACUGUGUUGUGAGGGCAGCAAGAGAAUUUGCUUUAUUCAGUAGCGAGUACCACUCUGCCCUUGUGCAUGUAUAAAUGGUAACUUGUUAUAUAAGCAUAUAUCUAGAGACAUUUAUACCUAGGUAAUAAUUCUCCUAAACCCCAAACCAGCAGAUGCAAUUCUUUAUCAUCUAUUUGUCUGCCCUAUGGAAACAACUUCAGCAGAGCUUUUAGGUAAUGUAGUAUCAAUGUGAGUUUUCAGUAAUCCUAGUAGCUGUGGCAUUAUGUUAACCUGCUGUUUAAGUGUAUUUAGGAAAUGGAUUGGCUUUUCUCCAUGGACAGAUAAGCAAAACUUGAAUAAAUCAAACUGAAAUCUGUAAACUAUGGUAAAGUUAAACUUUCUGGCAUGUUAAGUUUUAAGAAGGUAUUUCAAAUAUUUAUAAUUUUGCAUCAAAUGUGUAAUAAUGUAUCAAAUCUGCAUAUUACUAUUGCUGCAGAAUUAGUAUGUUGUAGAAUUGUCCAUUGGAUUUUAUUUCCAAGCAGAAAAAUCUUACAAGACAGUUCUUGCUUUGUAUGUGGUCUAAUAAUGGUAGGAAAAGCAGAUUCUGCCCUUUUGAAGUGUGCUUUAGUCUGAAUAAUAAGAAACUUAAGGGUAUCACCUGUACGCAGUAAUUUUUAGUUAAGUUGGUGUUUAAAUAGCUGCCUGUGAAAUGAUAAUAUACUUCCUAAUCAGCAGUAUUUACCAGCAGAUGGGUGUUUUAGUAGAUCUUAGAGAAAGUAAGGUUACUGGCUUCCAGAUGGGACAGUGUAAGAUAUGACUGUAUAAUAUACACCUUAGACAUAGGUUUUUCUAAAUGUUUGUUUUUCCCAGCCUGACUGGAAGGCAAUGUGUAGUGAGAUUGGCUGGAAUGUAAAGCUGGCUGAAGCUUAGUGGCAUGAUUGCUGUCUCAGUCCUAGGCUGCUGAAAAAAAGGUCUGAGGGACUUAUUUCAAAUCUCCACUGGUGAUUUCUUCCCUGGCCACAACAUCUCUGUGACAAAUUUUGCAGGAUGACUUCUCUAGACUAAAAAGUUUCUACCCUGUAGCUCUACACGUCCAUGUGCUGCAUUCCUAACUCUCAUCUGUCUGGGAAACAGCAUUAGUCUGUCUAUGCUAAAGGAUGAAUCACACCUGGUUGCCCGGUGGUGUGACUUGUCAGGAGCGCUGGAGUUUUAAUGGCUUAGGGAGUAGGUGUGUCACUUGUGAUCCUCUGCCUUGUUCCCCUGUCCUUUCAGGUAUGAUAGGAUGUCCAGUAUAAACUGCACUCAGUUAAAGCCUUUUUCAGGUCAGGUGCAAUGGUAACAUGUUGUUUAUCAGCAGAAAUGAAUGCACCAUUAAGUUUGAUGGCUCAGUCUCACCAGGCUCUGGCAGGCUCUGUGUUCCAGGGCCUCUGUGACUCACAGGAUUCAGCUCUCAGUAAUGUGAUUAUCACCACAGCUCUAAAGAUCUGGAUUCCAUAUCAAGUUUUGACUCAUGUUAAUAUUCUGGUCAGUAGUAUUAGGAAACUUCCAUUUCUAAUACAAGGUGGAGCUAAGUGGAAUAGUAGACAGUAAGGCUCCAUUGUUGGUUAACAUCUUGUGCUUUGUACCAGGCAAUGGAAAGGUUCAAUUCCAGUUCAUGCUUCUCUAUAGGUAUAAAAUAUAGUAAUGAGGGACAAAGCAGAAGAUUCCCAACACAUUUUAAAUCCAUCUUUCACGUGGAUAUUUAGUAAUUUUCUAUAUUGGAAUUUGUUCACAUGAAUUUGGGUGAAGGUGGUAGAUGGUAGUAGUAUUUCCUUGCUUUCACAAACAGCCCACAUUGCAAUCAGAUGGAUGUGUGUUCCAGGUGCUCAUUAGUACAUUGAGGACUUCAGCCUCUCUGCCCAUUAGGACCUGAUCCAGGAAGUCACUGAUAUCAGUGGCAGUCUUUCCACUGAUUUUGGGGAUUUUAGAUUGUACCACUCGUGGCUUUUAAUGUUAGAGUGCUAAAGGAGCCUGUGUUAAUACUGCAUUCUUCACUCUGUGGCAUUUUAUAUUUUACCUGUUUGUAUAAUGAGCUGAAAUAGUUUUAGAAAAUGCAACCCGACCUUCCAGCUGCUGUCAGAAAAUCCUUAUACAAAAGGAAGUUUCUCCUGUUUUGCAUUAUGACAUCAGUACACAUGUGUUGUCCAAAUUACUAGAUCUGCUGGAUAGAGCAUAAACUUUGUUGCACUAAGCUAAAAAGGUGAGAACUAGAACAAGCCGAGGGGUUGAUGUUUCCAGGACUUUGGUGCUUCUCUGCAGCCAUCUGUUUUAAAUUGUGGAUGUUACCUCUGCUGCUUCAUCUUGAGAAUCUCAAAUAACAAAGUGACUAUGAAACGAUCCUUUGAAACUGCAAAUAAUAAUAUGUGAGUACAAAGGACAUGGUAUUUUUACAGUUUCAAAAGACUGAGCUGAUUAUUUUGAUUCUUCAAUACAGAAACUAUUUUGAGAAUUAAUUUUUCAGGCUACAAUCUCUGCCCCAUUCAUUAUGGACACUUUUUCCCAAGUUAGAGUUUAUGGCUUUUGCAGUCUGACAGCCAACAUGCCUUGCUCUCGUGCUGACACAAAGGCAGAGUUUUAAAACAGGGACAGCUCUGGAAAGGCACUGCUGGGGAAAAGGAUGAGUGUACCACUUUGGUAUAUACCCUUUCAUAUGCUUGCUUUAUCUUUCUGCAUACAGUAUUUUCUUGUUUCUCUUCCCAUGGAAGGAGAUGAUAGAGGAGGAAAAAAAUCUACUCACUUUUCUGUUAGGACCCUAAGUUUUCCAUGUUUUGACAGAAAUCGCCAAGAAAUCAUCGUUUGCUCAAGCAGAGACAUUACACUCUCCGAAAUAAUGAACUUUGUUUUUUCUCCGCGCGUUCCUCUGUACUCGGUGUUUUUUAAGCAUUCCAGCAGUAAAAUGUAAAGAAACCCUUCCCCACCCUUAAGCUGUAACUGUACAGACUGUAUACCCCGCCCUCCUUCGCGUUAUGUACGGCUGUAGACUUUGUAU